CCGGACAGUGUUUCAUCAGGAGACGGAGCAGGUUGUGGGCUGUGACACCGUCAGCUCUGAUUGGACCGGCGUUGGGCCUCAGUCAUGGCUCCGGACGUGGAGAGGAUCCUGGAGAGCAUCGGCCGGGGAGACCAGGACACGGUCCAGCUCCUGCUGGACAGCUACAACUCCCAGUUGGCAGACUGUUUCUUUUUUGACACUGAUGCGCAGGAAAGAAAAAAGCAACAACGGCUGGAGGAGUUCAAGAAGAACAAAAUAAGGGAUUAUGAUUAUGAUUCUGAUUCGGAAAUUGAUUCAGACGACGAUAUGCCAGAUAUUCUUCUCCGACAGGAUCUGGCUGCAGCGCUGCUCGGCUUCGUUGGCGGUCAGCUCCAGCCGGGAGUUUUACGGGUUUGUCUGCACACGCUGCGUAUCCUGUCCCGCGACCGCAGGGCCCUGGGGCCCAUGGUAACGGACACCGCCCUGCUCUCCCUGGCACGCCUGGGGGGCAUCGGCUUCCUGCAGACAGGCCCGCAACAAGAGAAGGAGAAGCCCAAGGAGAAGGCCAAGGAACAGGCCAAGGAAAAGGCCAAGGAACAGGCCAAGGAAAAGGCCAAGGAACAGGCCAAGGAAAAGCCCAAGGAGAAGGCCAAGGAGAAGGCCAAGGAACAGGCCAAGGAAAAUCCCAAGGAACAGGCCAAGGAAAAGGCCAAGGAACAGGCCAAGGAAAAGCCCAAGGAGAAGGCCAAGGAGAAGGCCAAGGAACAGGCCAAGGAAAAGCCCAAGGAGAAGGCCAAGGAACAGGCCAAGGAAAAGCCCAAGGAGAAGGCCAAGGAACAGGCCAAGGAAAAGCCCAAGGAGAAGCCCAAGGAGAAGCCCAAGGACGCGUCCGCGGCAGCAGCAGGGCAGAGCCACAGAAGGGCGGCCGGUGGCCACGACGAGGUGGCCAAGGCCGGGCCCACAUCUGCGUCCGUAUGUCCGGUGGUUUCCUGCUCCGUCCCUGCACUGGUAUCUGCAGAAGCAGGCCCAGCCGGCUCAGACAUCCACUGCUACCGGUGGAGGGGGGAGGAGGGGCAGGUGAUGCUGGCUCCUGGGAAGAGAGACACUCGGGAAGAGGACCUGGAGCAGGAAGGGAAGGAGGAAGACGGGGACGUGUGCAGGAAGGAGGCAGUCAAGGUCUUGUGUAACAUCAUCUACAACAGUCCGAGGGCGCAGGAGAGAGCCAGCGCACUCAGACUUCUGCAAGGCCUGUGGGAGAGUCUGAAACUGGGAAUCUGGACGACGGCGCCCCCCAGUGGCCAGUUCUACAAGCUGCGCCUGCUCUUCUUACUGACGGCCCUGAGGCCCGAGCUCAGGCUGCAGCUGCAGCAGGAGCGCGGGGUGUCGGUGCUGACCAAAGCCCUUGAGCAGUGCCUGGCUCUGAAGUGGGGCGAGGGAUACGAGGUGAUCGCUGACAGGAACACCCCACCCAUCUCCAAAGAGAUGUGCCAAGACAUCAGUGAGAUCCUUAAGACGCUCUUCAACAUCGCUCACAGGUUCCACAGACAGGAACCAGACGAGGAGGAAGCGGCCUUGUAUCGCCAGCUGGCAGCGGUGUUGCGCUGCUGUCUGCUGCUGUCGUGUGAUGGAGAAGACACUCUAGAGGAACUUCAAGGACACACAGUAAACAUCCUGUCGGCGCUGCCGCUGACGUGUCUGGACGUCCUAGUGGCCGUCCCGCUGGACCAGGCGGCUCAUAAGUGUGAGGGAGUCAACAUGGACUGCGUCCACGCACUGCUGCUGUUCAUGGAGAGACGUCUGAACAGGGGUCAUAAGCUGAAGGAAAAACUCACACCUGUUCUCAACCUACUGGCCGAGAGUUCGCGGGUCCACAAGGAGACACGGCACUUCUUACGAAAAAAGAUCUUACCUCCACUGAAGGAUGUGGCCAUCCGACCUGAGCAGGACAGCUCGCUCAGAGGAGAGCUGGUCCGCUUGAUGACGCACGUUGAUACAGAUGUGAAGGAUUGUGCUGCCGAGCUGCUGUUUGUGCUCUGCAAAGAAAACGUCAGUCGAUUUGUCAAAUAUACGGGUUACGGCAACGCCGCAGGGCUGUUGGCAGCUCGGGGGCUGCUGAACGGUCGGAGGAACUCCAUCGACAGCCAGUACGCCUCCCACUACUCCAGUGACUCGGACUCGGACACAGAGGAGUAUCGGGAGGCCAGAUCCAAGAUCAACCUGGUGACCGGCCGGGUGGAGGCGGAGCAGCCGGAUCCCAUGGAAGGCAUGACAGAGGAGGAGAAGGAGGUGGAGGCCCGUCGCCUCAUUGGCAUGAUCAACAGACUCUCACGAAACCAAAUCAUUCAGCCAAUGGGCGUGACGAUACAGGGCAGACUGGCGCCAAUCAGUGGCCGAAUGAGGGACUGCAUCUAUGAAGAGGACGAUGAAGAAGAUGAUGUAGAAGAGGAUGAAGAUUAUUUCAAUGUGACGCAACAAGGGAGGAAAGACAAACACAUUUAAUAGAAAGAUGUAUCAAACGAGAUUCCUACACACUCAGAGACCCAGAGAUUGGAGAGCUCUCCUAAUAUUACGACGGGUUUUUAAAUCUUUCUGCUUAAUUUAUACGGUGAUAAGAUAACGAUGACUGUAAAGAUGUGACGGAAAUAUGAUGCUUCAAACUGCCACGAGAGGAUUCAUUUAUUUGAUGAUUAAGUUAUUUUAGUGUUGUUCAGACGCAGAUGCAUAUCGUGCUCCAGUUCCCAGCACUUGAGGAAAUGUACUAGGACAGCUGUUCACUUUGCUUUGAUACACAAAAAAUGUAAAAUAAAUAGAAAAACUUAA